AUGGAGAUGUUUGACCCGUGCGGUUUUGAAGCAGAUCACCUCCACCAUCACCAUAAACACUAUCAAAGAGGGCAGACCAGAUCCCACACAUCUCCUCUGAGCCACACUGGUGCUUUGGCUGCUAUUAAAAGCUCUUUUACUGGCUUCAGCCAGCUGCGAUUCAAAGGCCUGUUGCUGUACCAUGAGGGAUGGCCACUGUGUUUGCAUGAAAAGGUGGUUCUGCAACUUGCACCCCUGCAUAAAGUACGUCUACGGCAGGGAGAUUUCUACCUGCAGGUGGUUCCCUUAGGCCGCAAGGCUGCCAAACUGGUCAUAAAAUGCCUGUCAGGGAGCGGGCAAGCCAUCGCAGAGAUCCCUGUGUCCGAGAGCAUGUACGGCAACGUGUUCACACCUGAGUUCCUGCCGAAUGUAAUGCAUGAGCGCAACCUGCACCCUCUCCAGAACUGCCUCCUCAGUACCGGCGCUGUGGUUUACCGAACGCCCUGGAAGAACGUGGUCAAUCCUUUGUUCGUGACCAGCACUGCCGACGCAAUCAUGCAGGCGCGGAGCAGCGGCGGGACCCUGCGGGGUCAGCUCAGCACCUGCAGCACCCACGGAUCCACAGGAACGCUCAGUUCCCGAGACUCCUUGGGUGCUGAGUCCACCGUUUCUGAGCCAGUCCUCAGCCGGAGCCUCACGGAUAUGGGCAUCAGCUCCCUGCACUCGGAGGAUUCGCCCUUGCAAAAGAGUCCCAACUCCCUUCCCCAGACGCCCACCUUGGGCAGCCCAGAUCAGGGAUGCAUUCGAGGCGGAAUCGGCAACAAAAUCCUCUCAUUCAGCACAGACCUUAGCAAUCCCGGCCUUCGCAAGAGGCAUCCCAGAGACUCUGCGGCCUUCGAGUCGCGCCGGCUUUUCCGCAAGUCCUACAUGGAGGCACUGCAGAACCCCAUGAACCUCGGCUCCAGCUCAGAAUCAAUUCUGGAGGAAGGGACGGAAUCUGAGCCAGGAGCGCCUCACGGCUCCGUCACAAAGGAUCCGAUCCCUCGGAGAACCUGUGAUCGUGGAUGGCUGGGAGGAGAUGAAUCUCGCAACGGUUCUCCCGCUGUCCAUCCAUCCAAGAGCGCCGAGUUCAGUCUGGGUGAGAGACGCUCCAAAUCUCUCGAACGUACCAACAAGGCCUUGCAGUUUAAAGGCCACCGGGAACGGUCGUCCUCCGGUGGAUCCGGUAGCGGCCUUCCCAAGAAACUUAUGAAUGGUUAUGCAUUUCGUUUUGGAAAAUUGGAUUUGGAGGCGGCCUUUCCUGGCAUCGAGAAAUGGAGCAACAAAGAGAACUCAGGUCUCUCUGAUGAGGGUCUGCACUCGAGCCCCAGGAGGAACAGUAACAGCGCUGAUGAGUUUGAUCCUCCUAAACCCCCCAGCAGAGCAGCGGUGUCUCCUGGCCCGUCCGCGGCGCCCCCUGCUGUCUGUGCUCCAGCGCUGCUCUCACUCAUCAACCAGGAGCUCCUGAGCUCCGGUGCUCUGACGCUUCCCGGUAACCAGGACCGCGGUGGCAGAGCCGUGCUGCAGGUGUGCACCAGGAACCAGGUGUGGACAGACGCGCGCUUCACCACAAACCAGAUCAGCCAGCUGCUCUGCUGCUACUGCCACAGACUGCGGAGGGAGAAGCGAGACCUGGGUUUGACGGUUCUCGUUGACGCCCGCAGGCGAGCGGUCGCGUCUGCGCUCUUCUCGGCUCUGUCUGAGCUUCAGACUCUCGUACCCAAUGCACUUUACUCAGUUUUGAUUCUGAUGGACAGAGAUGCAGCAGUGAAAGUGGAGCGAGACGUCUCAGUUCCUUGUGAAGUCCUGACGUCUCUGAAAGCUCUGCAGAAGCACAUCGACUCGUCGCAGCUCACCAGAGACUUUGACGGCAGCUUCCCAUAUGAGCACAACCACUACAUUCACUUCAGACAGGUGCACAAAACAGGGCUUCAUGAAUGUUUUUAUCAGCCGAAAACCUUUGACCUGAAAUGUUCACUCUAA